CUAAAAAGCAGUACCAAAACUGUCAGGAUUUCCAUCUUCACGAACUGGAUGGCCUAUAAAAAUGGCAUUCCCAACAGUUUUGGUCCAGAGUUGAAGAAUUGUGGAGGAGUGGACUUUGAGAUUACCUUCUCUGCAAGGCAGUCAUGUAGGAAGUUGUGCCUAUUAUGAAAGCUAUGGGGACAGAGGAGGUUGUGCAGACAACAAAAAUCAUAAUGGGGAAUCAGCUGGCAGGCAUUGCCCCAUCACAGAUAUUCCCAGUGGAAACCUACCUGUCAGAUCUUCCAGAUAUUCACUAUGAAGCAAGUUUAGGGAGUACACGUUUUUUGAAGGUGGCCAAAUGCCAAACCUGGGAAGGCCUGGUGGUUGUAAAGAUAUUUGUUAUACACGAUACAACACUGCAGCUAUCUGCUUACAAGAAAAUAAUAGAAGAUGUUUCUACAAAACUGAUAAUAGCUGCCAAUUGUCUACAGUUUCACUAUUUGAAGGUAACUGAUAAGGCAGGGUUGAUGUUCAGACAGUAUGUGAAGAGCAAUCUAUAUGACCGAAUAUCCACACGACCCUUCCUCACUACUAUUGAAAAAAAAUGGCUGGCAUUUCAGAUCCUCUAUGCCCUUAAUCAAGCUCACCAGCUGGGAGUUUGUCAUGGAGACAUCAAAUUGGAAAAUGUUAUGGUGUCUUCAUGGAAUUGGCUUCUUCUGGCUGACUUUGCAACUAUUAAGCCUACAUUGCUUCCUGAGGAUGAUCCAGCAGAUUUUACUUACUUUUUUGAUACAUCACGCAGGAGAACUUGUUACAUUGCACCUGAAAGGUUUAUCAAGACUCUACAGAUGGAUGCCCAGCAGUUGUUGAAGGAGGUGAAAGACAAAGGUCAUCUCACUCCAGCUAUGGAUGUGUUUUCAGCUGGGUGCUGUCUGGCUGAAUUAUUCACUGAAGGUUAUGCCCCUUUUGACCUAACUCAACUUCUGGCAUACAGAGUUGGUGACUACUAUCCUAACAAGGUGCUGGAUAAGAUAGAUGAACCCAGAGUCAAGGCUCUUGUUGAACACAUGAUUCAGCGGGAACCCAACAAGAGACUCAGUGUGGCCGAGUAUCUAGAGCAGGAGCGAGGAGCCACAUUUCCUGAACAUUUCUAUACAUUCCUGUGGCCAUUUCUCAAGCAGUUUGCUGUUGCACCAAUCAUGCCUCCUGAUGACAAAAUCAAACAGAUAAAGAAAUGUUUAAUGGACAUACUAAUAGCACUGGGUGCCGAAAAUGAAGCGUCAAAAAUAAUUGAAGGAAAAGAAGAAAAGGAGAAAGCCGAUAUGGAGAAGCCAGAAAAAAAAUGUGAGGCUCUCAUCAUUAUUGCCUCUCUCAUCACCUCCUCUCUAAGAGCUCUGCAUUUCACAUCUUCAAAACUGGAUGCUUUGGACCUCUUGGGAAAAGUGUCCCAGUAUGUUCCAGAUGAGAUUAUUCUGGAUCGGAUAUUGCCUUAUAUUUUUCACCUUCUGCACGAUGGUGAGCCGCGUGUGCGUGUGUUUGCACUCCACACACUCACUCACUGCCUCACUCUGGUCUCAAGUGUACCAAGAUCAGAUGCUAACAUAUUCCCAGAGUACAUCCUUCCCAACCUUGCUGAUAUCACACAAGAUGAAGCUGUCAUUGUACGACAAGCGUAUGCAGAAAAUAUUGCAACUAUAGCAGAAACUGCUUUGAGGUUUCUCGAGUACAGUCAACUUCAGGGUAUGAUGACCUCCUACAGCUAUGAGACUGAAUUAGCGACACUGCAGGAAGUUAUUCAGCAGAAGGUGGCAACUAUGUUCUCAGAUCCUUCAAAUGUGGUGAAACGCACUCUGAUGGAGAAGACCGUCACCAAACUUUGUGUGUUUUUUGGCAAACAAAAUGCAAAUGAUGUGUUGCUGUCUCACAUGAUAACAUUUCUGAAUGACAAGCAUGAUCGUCACCUGCGACUGUCAUUUUUCAAUAGUAUUGUGGGUGUAGCAGCUUACAUAGGGUGUCAUUGUGCUGAUAUUCUCAAGCCUCUUUUGCUGCAGGGGCUCAGUGAUGCAGAGGAAUCUGUGGUUGUAGCAGCCAUAGAAGCCAUGACAUCACUGACAGAGCUGGGUCUCUUUCCCACCCAUCUGCAGUGUGACCUCUUAGCCCAUACAGCACCACUUCUCAUACACCCUAACCUUUGGAUACGACAAGCUGUUGUAGGACUGGUGAGUGUUGUAGCCAGGCUGCUGCCCCUAGUGGAUGUACAAACAGCAGUUGUGGCCAGGGUACAGCCAUUCCUCGUGAAACCUCUACUUCAGUUACACCGAGAGGUGUGUGUUCUGUCAUACUUGCGGCCACCUAUCUCAAGGGAAGUGUAUGAUGCGUUGGUCAAAAGCUCAGAUGUUGGCCAGAUGCUUUCACUGCUUCAGGAAGCUCGGCAGCAAAGUGUUCCUUUGACACAGCUCCCUUCUAAUCUCUCUCACCUGGAUCAUCCUACUAGAAAUCUGUUGCGGCGUUUAGUGGGAGGAGGCCUUACAGAGGAAAAUGUCGACCAGUUAUUGUUGAUGCGUGAUCAUCUUACCAAACUUCAGAGGCAGAAGAAGGCAACAGAGGCAACUCGUAAUGGGCCACAGCAUCAUCAUCAACUGCCAGGACUGAUAAAUAUUGAAGAUCUAAAGAAAAUUGUUCCCACUCACCACUGUGAUCUGAUGCCAGAGGAUGGCUCAAUUGAUAUUUCAACACUCAGCCUCUCUCAGAGAGGAAUGGUACAGUCUCCAAGUAUGACUAUGAAUGAAGAAUGGCAAGCUAUGUUUGGAACAGCAGAAGGUCGUAUCUCACCAACAAGAACAAUGGAUAACAGAUCUAUUUCUCCAACGGAACCAGAUGGUGGUUCUCAUGUUGGACCUAGCACAAAAUUAUUGUCAGGAGACUUGGAAAAUAAAGGGAUUAUUAAAUGUAUAUCAAGUUGCAAAUUGGAACUGGAAAGCCUCGUGGAAAUGAAACGUGAGGAACAUUUAGUGUGCGUCAAGAAACGUCGUGCUCUGGAAACACUUGCAUGGGACACCAGAUUGCCUCCGCCUGGCUGGAGACCACGAGGACAUCUUGUGGCUCACUUACAUGAACACCGAGGAGCUGUCAAUAGGCUUGUAUCAAUUGGUGAUACCUCCAUAUAUGCUAGCUGUUCUAAUGAUGGAACAGUCAAAGUGUGGGAUUGUAACCGUAUCGAAAGGAAAUUUUCGAUUAAUAGAUCAAAGGCAACGUACAACAGGCAGGGUGGACUGAUCACCUCCCUGGCACCGUGUCUCACUCACCAGAGUCUGGCUGCUGCGUCUAACAAUGGUUCUAUACAUGUUAUUAAAUUGGACAAGAUGAGCCUUAUUAAUAGCAGACAACUUAAUACAGAAGAAGACGGUUAUGUAGUAGAUAUGAAUUAUUUUGAUACAGGAUCUCAGUCUGUUUUGACAUAUGCAACAGUAUUUGGCUCUAUAGUGGGUUGGGAUCUUCGAGCUCCUGGCACUGCCUGGAAAUUGGAAAACAGUCCCCGAAAAGGAGUUAUUACAUCAUAUGCAUUAGAAGGAACACAAAGUUGGCUGGUUGCCGGGACCAGUAGUGGUCACCACGUGUGCUGGGAUCUGCGAUUUAUGCUGCCAAUCUCCACUAUCACUCAUCAAAGAGGUGCAGGGGUGCGUCGUGUCAGUAUGCAUCCAAAAGAAGGUUCUUGGGUGGUAUCUGCUGUUAAUGGCAACAAUGAAAUAGCAAUGUGGGACAUGGAAACACAGUCAAGACACAUGACUCUUUGGGCCAGUCCCAAACCACCGCUCUCAAUGACACAGCUGUGCAACAAUAGUGUUUGUGGCAUGUAUGUAAGUCAGGGAGACAGAGGAGCAUAUGUUCUAGCUGGUGGCACGGAUGGUAGACUCCGUUAUUGGGAUCUUUGUGAACCUGAAUCUUCAUAUAUUGUUUGCCAUGCUGCCAAUGACCCAUACUUGCAGUGGCCUAUUUCCUACAGCUCUCGUGUUGUUGAUGGUACGGAAGUGAUUGUAGAAACUGCAAACAAACCUCGUAGCACACCUUCCAGUAGUGAUGACACACCCAAGAGAGGACCAGACCAGCCUCCACCAGGCCAUAAAGACAUUAUAACAGAUGUCAUUGUUAUGAAUGAACCUCAGCGACUAGUCAUUACUUCCGGCAGAGAUGGAACUAUAAAGAUGUGGAAAUAAAAGCAUUGUUUGCAGGAGGAGAAAAAAUUUGGAUGGACUCCGACUCUAACCUGGCAAUACGAAGCUUCUGGAAUAAAUUUAACAUUGCAGAUGCCAUCAGCUAUGCUAGAAGUGCAUGGAAGGAAGUGCCCCAAUCAACAUUAAAUGCAGGCUGGGGAAAGUUAUGGCCUUUUGUAGUUAAUUCUCUCACUGGUUUUUCCUUGCUCAAGAGUCAGGUUCAGGAAGUUGUUCAGCUAGCAAGGAAAUUACUAGGUGAUGGCUUUGAAGACAGUGGCGGCUCAUGUAUAGAUACAGCAGAACUGCAGCACCCCCUAUUUUCACUCGAUAUUAUCAGUAACAUUCAAUAUAAUGAGCUUUUUCUUUAAUAUUUCUUUAUACUUGUACAUUAUAUAAUGCUUAAGCUUAAUGUCAGUAGCCAUCCUCUAGUACAUGAAAAAAUUGCAAAAAUCCUUGUAUGGAACUGGCGCUUCACAGUUCCAGCGACUCGGUGUUUGGCUGUUGUGCGCAAGCACACAUGUCCAAGAUAAGAUGCUGCAUGCUAGGUAGAGAGAGCACUGUCAGUGAUGCAGUGCCGACCCUGUUGUGCAAGUGCAAGGUAGUGCUUCUUUUUGACUCAGCGAUGUGUGUUGUGCUUAAAAACCAUGUACCAUAUUCUUGAAUGUGAUAAAGUGUAGAAUUAGAUGAUUAUCAUGCUUCCAGCUAUUUUAUUUAACCCGUAAACGGACCAAGCAGAUCUACGUUCGCAUGUGUAGUUCUACAAAAGUAGGUCUACAUUUUUUUUUUACAUAUUUUCAAGUAUAACAAAAAAAAAAGUAAAUCAAAGUUUUUUUACACAUUUUCAAAUGUAAAAAAACAAAAAGAAGAUCUACUUUUUUUACAUUCAAAUGUUGAAAAAACGUAUAUAUACGUUUGGACCGUUUACGGGUUAAUUCAUAGUUUUUUCAGUUCUUUUAUUUUACACAAUAAUAAAACAAUGGCUAAAAAUUUUCUGAAGCAGCACCUCUACUAAUUUUAGCUAUGAACUGCCACUGUUUGAAGAUGUGAAUGAAGAUGUGAAUGGGCUCUUAAAAGAUGAUGAUGAAGAAGAUAGGAAUCCAGAGGAAAUGUUGCCAGAGCUCAGUGCACAGAUACAAGGGAGCCAGAUAGCAAAGAAGAUGAAGAACCUGAAGAAAAACAGUUAACAUUGCAGUAGUUAUGUGAGCAGUUCCAUGUUGCUGCUAAACUAGCAGACUUUUUCACUAAAGAGGACACUGAUAAAUCUAGAAGCAGUGCUUUGAAACAGGGCCUAGACCAGCUGAUGAUGCCUUACCAUCAGCUGUAUAAUGUACUGCAGGGUAAAAGAAGCCAGAAAUCCAUUACAGAAUUUAUACAUACUCCAAUAGAACCAUCAACUUUAGUACCAGAACCUCACCCAUCCACUUCUGCUGACAACCAACAACCAUCCACCUCAGCCCAGUAGGGCCACACCAUGCAUCCCCACUCUAAUCACUGAUAUACACCAGCAACCACAAUUUAAGGUAAAUAUUAUUAUUUCUGUUUCAUUUGUAGUCUUAACCCUUUCACUGUCGGUGAUGUAUAGAUAAGACUUACAAGCCAGUGUCAGUGUGUGGUCAGUGUGCCCAGCAUAAAAAAAAAACAGGGAGGCCGUAGUACAUUGUGGGAGUGUUAAUUCAGCAUGCCUUGUUCACAGAUGCCUAGCGGUAAGGAAUUCCUCACUCUCCGGCAAAUUGGGACUCUUCCCAAAUGACUUAUUUCCAUGUGGGUGAUGGGGAAGGCAGUGUGGGUUUGUGCAAACAUGUUUUGUAAACAAUAAAUGAUAACAAUAGUUGUGCGGUUAUUGUGUUGCAUACAAGUGGUUAUAUACAGCUUCCUCUCACUUAACGUUGGAGUUUCGUUCCCAUGACCACGUCGUUAAACGAAUUCAUUGCUAAGUGAGGAGCAUACUAUAAUGGUAGUGAGUUUGUGUCAACCAUCUUUGAUAUUGUUUUAAUGUCACCUUUGCACUAUAACAUUUCUGUUAUAUUUUUAAAUGUUUAUACAGUAGUGUACUAUAUAUUGAAAUAAACAGAAUAGAGGAAAUCAGCUCUAAUAUACAUUAUUUAGGUAUGAAUACCGGUCAGAAAGCCUGUCGUAAGUCCGAGGCAUCGGUAAACGAGUAAUUCGCUAAGUGAGGAGAGGCUGUAUACAUUAUGCAUUAUAUUGGUCUCACAGGCCACAAAAGGUACUUGAAAAAAUAAAAUAUUAGAAAAGAAAAGAGAAAAAAUAGAAUAAAAGUAAAAAUAAUAUUACCGAGUGAGCGGCAGUCGCUGAUGUUGCCGUAAGCGGUUCACUUUCUGUCAACUUCAUGCCUUUGUAUCUCAGUAAGUACUGAUUGCAAUUUUUUUUUUUAAACAAUCAGAAAAAUAUUCUUAAGAUUUUGGUAAGAAAAAUAUUUUUUUUUUUUUUUUCGAAUAUUUUUUGACACUGAGAGCAAGUUUGUGAUCAGUGACUUCAACAGUGAAAGGGUUAAGCAACAAAAACAACAUUAUCAUUUUUAUUUUUUUAAGAUCUGGAUGUCUAAAAAAAAGUUGUUUGGCUUUUUGGGGGGCCCAAGGAAUGUAACCCUAUUUCUUCAUAAGUUCUUAAGUUUAUAUAACAUAGAUUUAUCUAACACGGCAUUUUCAGGAACAUAACUACAGUGUAAUGUAAGGGUCUACUGUAUUGUUAUACCUGGUAGAGUUGGCUAGGUUUACCUGUAUAACUUAGAUAUAAAUAUUUUAUAUUCCACUGUGUGAAAGUAUUCACCUAGGUAGGUAAACCAUUUACUACAUCCAUGGCCAUUAUGACAGGCAUAUAGUUAUUACAAGAGUUUAAUUAUUUAGUUAUCUACUUCAUUACUAUUACUGCACCACCACCUCAUUCAUUUGUACUGUGAAUUAAGGUUUAUUUUUUAUUUUCUAAUAUUUUAGGUUGCCAGUGUUCUAAUGAAAAAAAAAUUCAUAAUUCUAUUCCUUCAUGAACUCAUUCUUGUAAUUUUUCUCACUUCAAUCACUGGACACCCAUUUGAUAUUCUAGUUACAUUAUAUUAAUUUCUUGCUCAUCUUCAAUUUCUUCCUUGCAUGUCUUAUCAUCUGAGCUACUCCUUGAGUAUAUUAAGUUCCCAGUAUAUUCAGAGAACUAACAAGAAUGAGAGGAGAUGCACCUGCCUGACUGGAACUAAUCUUCAUAUGGUGUUUAUCAUAUGUUGAGGUAGUAGUGAACAGUUCCCAACUAGGAGUCUGUGACCUCUGUGUCCUAAUAUUCGAGUUCCUGGCUGAAGAGUGUGCCACAGUAAGAAGGCAUACAGUGGGACACUGAGCUAGACUGAAGGCCAGUGCCAGGAAUAAUAAAAUGUCUUUCACAAAUAUGCAUAGAGAUCACCAAGUGAUUGAGUCUAAUCCAGGAUGUGAGGGAUGACAAAUACAAGAACAAUCCUUCGUGUGACAGUGUGAGGAAGUAAAUGCUUGGUACAGAAAAUUUUGCUUAUAAAUGUAGAACAUGAGGUAUAUUUGAAAACCAGAAACUGUGUAGGAGGGCCAGAAAUAAGUAUACUAUAUUUUGGAAAGAAGUGAAAUCAACAGGAAAAACCAGCCCUAGUUAUUGUACAGUAAAAUACAAAGUGUUGCAGAGGAAUCAGUGACAAUGGCAGGAAGGUUUGGCUUUCAGAUGCUAAAACAAUGAAUCAUUCAAGAUAAUUACACCUUAGCAGUCUAGAUUCCACAUCUCAAACAUAAUGAAUGACAAGAAGAUUCAGAAGUAUUCUACCAGAUAAAUCUUUAACAUUAGAGAUAUGCUCAGAAAAAGUACUCAAUCUCUCAGAGCACUGGUAAAAUAGUCUUACAGGAAAAAAUGAUUGAAACAUUAAGGGCACUCAGAGAUGUUUUUGAAAAGGUGGCUUAAACCAGAUUAGAAUGAAUGGAACCACUAUGAAGAGGAACAGCUAAAAAAUAAUGGCAGUAUGAGAAAGAACUUACGUAGGAGGGUGGUGUGGAGCAAGUGAAAUGCAUAAGAGAUGGUGAUUAAGGCAAGCUUCAUUUAUUAAUUCAGAAGUUAAUUCGGCAGCACCCAAAGGGUUAGGGAUUCAUUACAUAGAGCAAUUAAUGGUUAAGAGGCAGGGACAGGAGUUGGAGUUUAGGACAUAGUUCCAACAGUACCUUGAUGAAACACUGGGAGCCUGCCUUAAAAAUUAGUAAAAAGUUAAUAUUUCUGAAUGUGCUCCUCACUGUUUAACUGCUGGUCACUCGAACAUUUAUAUUGUUUCUUUCUCUCAUUUAGUUUUAUUCUUUGCACAAAAAUACAUAGAACCUUUUAUUUAUGUUAGGUUUCACUUACUGGGGGCUCUGUCACAUGUAGUGAAUCCCUGCUUAACUCCCUAGAUAGGGACCAGAAUGAAGGUUCAUUAAGCAAAUCUGAUUUUCCCAUAAGUGCUUGUUAUGCCUUGAGAUGUUGACUGAGACAAUACUUUUCAAUAUCUAAUUUUUUUUUUUUAAUGCUGGAAUUUAAAAAAAUAAUAAUAGAAGUGGAUCCAUUGUUUACUAGCAGCAUAGUGGUGUUAUAGCUCUCAGGAGUCCAUGACAUAAAAAUAAACAUUUGAAAUAGAAAUACGGAAUUUAAAAUACUAUAUGCCCACCAAAGAUGAGUCCACUGUUGAGUAGUGUAAAGGCAUAUAUUAGAACACAUAUUAGAGCAAAGAGGGAUAAAUGGAGGAAGUUAAGAAGGGAGAGAAUCAUUUACUUCCUCAUUUGAGGAACCCAGUGCAGAGAUAAUGGUACUGUAGGAUAGUGGACUGUGGAAAAAGACACUCGUGUACUGUUCAGGAUAUUUAUUAUAGGAAACAUUUCAGCCAUGAGUGGCUUCUUCAGUCCUAAUGCAGAGGUAACUAAGAAACGAGUUUAUGUAAUAACAGAAGUCAGGUGGAAAACCGUGAGGGUAGUACAAGUAAUAGUUGCCCUGAACUGUACACGAGUGUCUUUUACCUUAUCUCAGUAUCACCAUACCAUUUCUCAUGUUGGACUGAAAGUUGAGCUCGUACUGCAUGAUGCGCAGCUUGUAGAGGGCUCCUCUCUAUCAACUGAAUGUGUCCUGGAUGUUGAAGGCUGCUCUUUAUCAGCUGGUUGUUGAGGGCUGCUUUAUAUCAGUUGAAGGUGUCCUGAAUGUAAUGAGCUGCUCUAUAUCAACUGAAGGUAAUCCAGAUAUUGAGAGCUGCUCUUUAUUAACUAAAUGUGUCCUGGAUGUUCAGGGUUGCUCUCCCUCAACUGAAUGUGAGAUUACCUUUUGGCACUUCCAAUGAUUUGCAUGACUUAUAAAGUGUAAAACAUAGGGGACAAAUAGAGUUGCAUUCCACAUACAUCCAAGAGAGGCAUAAAAAAAAUUUUAAUGUCAUGAUGCUUUAAAAUGUAAUAAGCUUCUGAACUUUAGUGAGGUUCAGACUCUAAAAAGGAAGAUGAUAUGUAGAUAAAUAAUGGUUAUAUUAAUACUGUAGAGUAUGCAUUACCUAUCUCUCCACUGGGUUGAUGAGAUGUUGAAGGUUGGGUUUGUUGGGAUAUUGAUGUAACUUCAUCAGUUGAUUGUUGCAGUGGAGUGCUCGGGUAUUCUUCUAUAUACUGCUGGUUUGUUUUACCCCUGCAGUUCUCUAUACAGCCCACUGUGCAUUUUAAAGUUAAACUAUCUAGCACUUAUUUUGGGGGGAAAAAGCUUUUUUCCCUAAUACUAAGGCCAUUAAGUGGAAUAUUUUUCUUUUUCUUUUCAAUCCACACAUUACUAAACUUUGCUUUAUUUAAUUGUAAUGACCUGUUUCUCAUUCUUUUUACUUUGUCACAUUGAGGAUUACUCAUUGCACAAGCCCAUAUCUAUGUCUCAUUGUCUUGAAUUGAUUGACUUUCUUCUCGAUACAUGCACCGUCCCCAUGAUGUGUGCACCACCCUUCAGCAUCUUCAUUUCCUCUAAUUUUUUUCAAAAUGGAUGAGUUUACAUUUAAUUUUCUUCCUUGCUUCACCAAUAUCACCUGCACUUCAUUCAGAUACCAUGAUAAAUAUUCAGACGCGAGAUGCGGUGAUGAAAAGAAGAAAAACCUGUGCGGUAAUACUAACCUAUGUGGAAGGCUGUUCAUUUACAUAUGUUCACCCUUCCUUAUACCUUCCCUUGCACUGCUAAAAGAAAUGAGUUGCCCAGUGUGUAGUGGUGGAUCUUGCCUGCCUGCAGCAGCAAUCCUGAAUGGAAAUGCCUGCCACCGGUGGAAAUAAAUUCUGCAACAGCGCCCAUUAACCCUUUGACUGUUUACACCGUAUAAAUACAGUGGACCCCCGCAUAACGAUCACCUCCGAAUGCGACCAAUUAUGUAAGCGUAUUUAUGUAAGUGCGUUUGUAAGUGUAUGUUUGGGGAUCUGAAAUGGACUAAUCUAUUUCACAAUAUUCCUUAUGGGAACAAAUUCGGUCAGUACUGGCACCUGAACAUACUUCUGGAGUGAAAAAAUAUCGUUAACCGGGGGUCCACUGUACAUCUUACGCGCCACUGUUUCUGACGUAUAUAUACUCAAUAAUUCUAGCGGCUUCAAAUCAAGCGGAAGAAAGCUGGUAGGCCCACAUGUGAGAGAAUGGGUCUGUGUGGUCAGUGUGCACCACAUAAAAAAAAUCCUGCAGCACACAGUGCGUAAUGAGAAAAAAAACUGAUCGUUUUUUUGGAUUAAAACGCCGACUUUGAGGUGUAUUUUCGUAUAGUAUUUAUCGAUGUAUUUGCGUUUUCAUGGUCUUAGGUGAUAAAAUAGAAAACAUAUUACAGAAAUAGAGAUGAUUUUCAUUACUUUGACGAUGAAAACGACCUUGAAACUGAGCUCAAAGUAGCGGAAAUGUUCGAUUUUUACCAAUGUUCAGGAGUAAACAAAUCACACCACACGUCCAAUACACGUCAACUGGGGAGUCUAAUAUUCUUUCACUAGUGCACUGAUAUUAUUUAUACCAUUUUUACAAUAAUGCAGUAGUCUGCAUAACAGUAAUUUUUGUAUUUUUUUGAAUGAAUAAAAAAUCAAAAUAGAAAGCAAUAAUAAUAUAAGAGGGGCCUAGAGAUGUGACUAAUGAACAGAGGAUAUGUUAUUUUAGUGCCAAGAAUGUCUACCUUGUUUAUUCUGGACCCUAUUUUGAAAUUGGCAUCUUUUUUAGUUUGCAUGAAAUUGGCCAAAUUGCCAAUUUCUGACCGCCAUAUUGGGUAGUCCAAAUUGGUAAAUGGGAGGUUUCUUGUACUCAGCUGAUAGAUAAAAUGGAGUUCUAAAGAAAUAGCUGAGAGUUUGGUCAACUGGAACAAAGGAAUUGGCUGAAAAUAGGGCUCAAAGUCGGCGAAAUUGCCGAGACCGCUAACUUCGCGGGAGCGUAAUUCCAUGAGUUUUCGACCAAAUUUCGAACUUUUGGUGUCACUACCAUUGGGAAAAGAUUCUCUAUCAUUUCAUAAGAAAAAAUAAUUUUUUUUUUUUUUUUUUUUUUUUU